UCCGUGUGUCGCCCGGUUUCCGAGAAAAAAAUUGCAAAAUUGUUCAAAAUUCUUCUGAAUUUUGGACGCCUGACACUUCGUCAUGGAAACUGCACCGACUCUUGAUACAGUCUUACAAGCACUUAAUGCUCUGUACCACAAUCCAGAUGUAGUUGGGAAGGAAAAGGCCUCCGUUUGGCUUGGAGAAUUGCAACGAUCGGUUUUUGCAUGGCAGAUUGCUGAUCAGCUCCUUCAACUCAGCCAAGAUGUUGAGUCCUGCUAUUUCGCUGCACAAACUAUGAGAACAAAGAUACAACUGGCAUUUCACGAAUUGCCACCAAACUCCCACCAGUCGCUAAGAGAUUCUCUAUUGACACACAUCGGGAAGGUCACACCAGAAACACAGGCAGUGAUUGUGACCCAGUUAUGUUUGGCGCUUGCAGAUCUGGCAUUGCAAAUGGCGUCUUGGAAGUGUGCCGCAAAGGACUUGAUUGAAAAAUUUGGAAACAACGUACAGCAUCUUCACUUCCUGCUUGAGGUGCUCACUGUCAUGCCUGAAGAGAUAAACAGCAGAUCCUUGCGUCUCGGUGCUAACCGGCGGAAAGAGUUAACAGAAGAAUUGGCUUCAGCAGCUCCUUUGGUGCUCCAACUCUUGACUGCCUGCACAGAAAAUGGUGCAUGUACAGUUGAUGAACGCCUGCAGAUCAAGGUAUUUCGGUGUCUGGGUAGCUGGUUUAGUAUCAGUGCUAUCCCACAAGACCAGAUCGUCAAUAGCAAACUGCUUAUGGUUCCUUUCAUGGCCCUGAUGAACAAAGAUUGUCCCAAUAUGUUACAUGAAGCUGCCUGUGACUGCAUUUGUUCAGCCUUUUACUCAACUGAGAAUCAAGAAAAGAACAGCUUAUUGGCUCAGUCACUGUUCCAAGGUGUGAUGAAUUUACCAGACGCCUACCACAUGUCAGUGGCAGAUGAGGAUCUCGACAAGUCAAUCAAUUACUGUAGGAUAUUCACUGAAAUGGGUGAAUCUUUUCUGGAAACGAUAGCCUACCAACCAAACCAGGGCCUCGGAGACUUACGGACUGUAGAAUUGAUAUUAACAUGUGUCGGACACCAUCAGUACGAGGUUGCAGAAAUCACAUUCAACUUCUGGUAUCGACUGUCCGAAAUCCUUUACCAAGUAGACAAAACCGAUCUGAAUGAAUGUUUUAAACCAUAUAUACAACGGCUGAUCGUGGCAUUGUGUAGGCAUUGUCAAUUUGACCCUGAUCAUGAUGGUAUCCCAAAAGAAUCUGGCGACUUCGGUGAUUUCCGAACGCGGGUGUCUGAGCUAAUCAAAGAUGUUGUGUUCCUGGUUGGGUCGUCGUCAUGUUUCGCACAGAUGUUUGAGAACCUGAAAAGUCAGGCGACUGCAGCCACUUGGGACCAGUCGGAGGCAGCUUUGUUUGUGAUGUGUGCUGUUGCCAAAAAUAUUUUACUGGAAGAAAAAGAUAUUGUACCGCAAGUGUUGCAAGCGAUUCUCUCCAUGCCUGAGACUGCCCACAUAGCAGUGCGGUACACGAGCACACAACUAGUGGGUGAACUAGCCGAGUGGAUGGACCAGAAUCCUGAAUGCAUCGAUCUGGUUCUCCAGUUCUUGUUGUCCUGUUUGAAGCAGCCCCAGCUCGCGACAGUUGCUGCCACAGCCAUACAGAAUGUUUGUACUGCAUGUCGCGACAGAAUGGGCACUGCACACUUCCCCAGCAUUCUACAGACAGUCCAAGCUGUAGAUGAGUUACAUGUGUCAAACAAUGCUGCUAUUGGACUUCUCAAAGGUGCUGCAAUGAUUCUUGCCCGUCUCAGCCAUGAUGAGAUCACGGAAGGUCUGAAGAAACUCUGCUUCAUUCAAACAAGUUGUCUUUCAAAGUUAUUAGAAACAAACAUUGUUGCUAAAUACACCGUCGGUACGGGUUCAGAUCCCACGUUAUGGCUGGAUCGCUUAGCGGCGAUUUUCCGUCAUACGAACCCGACUGUCAUGAACGGUGAAGUGCACCCAUGUAAACCUGUGAUUGAAGAGAUAUGGCCAGUGUUGUCAAAGACUUGUGAUCUGUACCAAGAUGAUGUGCGCGUGAUCGAGCGGUGCUGUCGGUGUAUAAGAUUUGCUGUACGGUGUGUUGGGAAAGGUUCUGCAUCUCUGCUGACUCCUCUUGUGACACAGAUGGUUCAACUGUAUGAAAAGCACACACACUCAUGUUUCCUCUACCUAGGCAGUAUAUUAGUGGAUGAGUAUGGAACUGAGACAGGCUGUGUUCAGGGAUUAUUAGAUAUGCUGCAAGCAUUCUGCCGACCCACCUUUUAUAUAUUAGAAGAAAGACGUGGACUCCAGUAUCACCCUGAUACCGUAGAUGAUCUGUUUAGACUAUGCACAAGAUUUGUUCAGAGGAGCCCUGUUCCAUUCCUCCAGUGUACUGUGAUUAAGGCCAUCAUCUGCUGUGCAAUAGCUGCUUGUGGGCUUGACCAUCGGGAUGCUAAUGCAUCAGUUAUGAAGUUCUUAACAGAGUUAGCCAAGGCAUCAAGAAACCAUGAAGACAAAGAAGACUUCCAAGUACGAAAAAAGCUGAUUUUGGAGAUUUUUGCUGAACAUGGUGCAGCCUUGAUGCAGUCAAUAAUAAAUGCCUGUGUGUUCUGUCUACCAUCCUAUAUGAUUGUGGAUGUUGCUGAUGUUGUCAUGGAACUUAUGGUUGUUGACCGACCUGCUGUAUGCAAAUGGUUAGAGGCUGCCCUGAAGGCAUUACCAACAGAGAGUAGUGGUGGAUCUGUAACAGCCACUCAUAAACAGCUGACAGACUUUCACAAGGCUGUGACAAUUGCUGAAGAAGCCAAACAAGUAUCUGUUGCAAUUCGAGAUUUCGCCCGGCUGUACAGGUGAAAGGACGCAUGCUGGAAUGGAGAGAAAACAAUUGUGUGCCAAGUUUGUUCUUUGAUUGUGGCAUUGAUGCUCUCCUCGAGCGGGCAUUCGGCGAGUCAGGAACUUAUUAGCAGUACUGCAGCAGCCAGUAGGAGGUUAUGUCUCAUGUGGGGUGUUUUUCUCACACAGAUGUUGAAUAAAAGCAUUUUUUAUGGUAGAAAAACAACUGUAAAACUUCACUAGUUGAUGGGUUUAUGAUAUGUGAUAAGGUUCAUAAUUUUUGCUGAAAUAUUGUUGGCUUGAAAUGUUAGCUUGCACGUAUUUGCAGACUUUAAGUUCUUGUAAACACCGACUACUCUGACUAACUGUUAAAUUUAGGCUAGGUUUACUUUACCUUUUCCUUAUACAAGGCAAUGUAUUGAUAUCAGUCUAUAAGGCUCAUAUCUGGUCCAAGUAUUCAAAACAAUACAAGUCUCUACCUUGUUGCAAAUGCAAUCUUUGUUUUGUUCUAUCUGGGCAAUGUCUCCUUCAGUCAAAUCCCGUCAAUUUGACUUGAUCCCAAGGGUGCUUUAAUUUUGGUCUUCUUCGGAUUGAUUGAAGGAUUUGUGAUGGACAAAGGCCUCAAUGGAUCCAUUUCAAAUAUCUAGUUGGCGGCAUUGUGUUCAUGGGAGAGCAGUGUAAAAUGGAAACCAGGAUAGAAAUUUAAUGAAUAGGUUGAAGGAGAAGAUAUGAUUUGUUGGUCUGGGUGGACUUCUGAAAACUUACUAAGUUAUUGCUUGGCAGCUACCAUUAGAAGGCAUGCAAAUUAAGAUUAUGCAAAAAAAUCGCGCCUGUAGGUUGGUAUUUUAGAUGAUACAGAUUAUGCUUUUAUGUCAAAACUCAUCAUGAUUUUAUUGCAUUUGUUCAAAAGUCACUAGUUGGUGAGGUUUUAUGAUAACUUGUGGGAUGUCGAACUGGUCUUUCAGUUUUGACAGAUCUCUAAAGCCUGCUGUUAUAAUAUUUUUCAUGAUUAUAUGGCACUAUUGGAGGAGGGAGUGGCAGGUGUAGAUACAUGUACAUACUUCCUUUAUUGAGUCACCUCCUUUUUGUCCUACAUUCUAGAUAGAUAUAGAAAUUCUGCCGAUUUCUGAUAAGUGUUAUACAAAGUGGACAAAUACAUGUACAACUAUAAUGUACAGUUGAACCUCUCUACUGAGGACACCCUCGGGACUGACAAGUCCUGUCCUUAAUAGAGAGGUGUCCUGAUUAGAGAGGUCAAAUUCAAUGAGAACUACCAAUUGCGGACCAAAAGAGGUGUCCGCUAAAGGAGGUUCCACUGUAUUACUAUUAACAUGUAAAUAUUCAGUUAUCUUUAACUUAAAAACUAUCAUGCCACAUAAUUUUGGAGAAUACUGUAAAUUAGUCUGUUACAGUUUCACCUAGAGUAUACAGCUAAUAGCUGUAGCAGAUACCUUGAGCUUUGUUCAGCUUUAUAUCAGGCCAUGUAGUUAUCUCUGCAUAUAUUUUCACAACCAUGGAAUGUUGUAAUA